AUGAAACUUGGUUUUGGAAGAUUUUUAAAAGAAGAUGCAAAAAGCAUCAACAUGCUGAUUCUGUCGAUGAUUCUGGGAGUUGGUGCAUACUACAUGCAGCCAUCAAGACACUCACUGAUCAUAACUACAAGAACAAUAGCACCGUAUCGCUUAGACUCAUUCCCGUUUGAGCAGAAAGGCCCUUAUGGAAUGUCGAUGAGCCCAGUACUGUUUGCAAAGCCCGUAACCAAACAACUCGAGCUACAGAGACCAUUUGAUGCGAUUGCGAAAAUCAAUAGUGAAGGUGAAAGCAUAAAUAACGAUAAAGAAGCAAAAGGCAGCAUUAAGCACAACAGCAUCAAGGACAUGCUGAUGGCAAGCACAAUAUGCAAGAUAUUCUUCUAUAUUGUUGCGGCGGUGCUGAUCUUUUCGAUCGGUUACCAAACAAGAAAGUACAACGAGGGAGGAACAUAUGUGCGAUUGCCAACAAAGAGCUCUAACUAG